AUGGGGCCUGUGAUAGGAGGAGGUAUUUCAAAGAAGAAGCUGAAGAAGCCUAUCGUUCCAGUUAUCAAGGAUAAAAACUGCCCUAAGAGGCCAAGGAACUCUUAUAUUUUUUUCACGCUCAUGAAGAGAGAUGAUAUCAAGAAGAAGCACCCCGAGUUCAAACCAACCGAGAUUACCAAGAUGCUUGGAGAGGAAUGGCAAAAGUUGUCAGAGGCCGAGAAGGAGUCGUACGGAUCAAUGGCAGAGAACGACAAGAAGAGAUACCAGUCUGAGAUGGAGUCGUAUGACGCCAACGGAGGAGCGAAUGCAGCAGCGCCGACGACUCCUGGAUCGGAAGGAGGACACCCUCUUAAUGGUGGUACUGGAAACGGCACCUCUGGACCUGGUGGCGACUUGGGUAAUGAGCCCUGGAGAGGCUAA